AUGAUCCGAAAAAGAUGUGUUUUAUGGAAAUACAUUUCGCCAGCUGUAUUUUCUGAGAUGGGAUUCCAUUCAACUGAUGGAUGUAGAUAUUUAUGGAAUUUACGAAAAACACCUAUCAGGUGGUGUUCCAAUGAACCAGUUUUCAAAGUUCGUAAAAGGAUUCAGUGGGAUAAGUCAUUUGAACAGCAAACAUGCACCGAAGUAGAAACAUCUUCUACCGUUCAAACAGAGGAUCAAUCAGAAAUUUUGGUCGAUUUCAAUAACAGAGAGCCAAAGACUCUUGCUGAAGCAACUGUGUUAAACCAGUUAUACAUCAGAAAAAUUCGCGAAACGUUGCAGCAGCUUGAUCAGAGAACACAGCAUGAAAAUUUUUUCAAAAAAAUCAGUGAAAAAUGGAAUUUAAAGCUGGAACUCAGGAAGGCACGAUUAAUGCGACCUCAAGACCAAGUUACAUAUACGAAAGAAAUACUGACAAAUUUGGACCGUUCCGCUGCUCAGCUCUAUUUUGAUUGCGCUAAUCGAUUUCCAUAUUUGAAGCUCUGCACUGCGCUUUGCUUACCAGACUAUCUAUCGACGUGGUACAAGCUCACCCUGAUGCAUACUUGGAUGCUGCUUGUUCGCUUACAAUCUGUUUUAGAAGCAGCAGCUUUUAUUAGACUCAGAAACAGUGUUAUCGAAAUUAUGUUUGGUGACGUUGAUAAACGUCUAAAAAUUGUCUCGGAAGAAUUGCACGAAAUGUUAUACCAUAAAAGUGACAAAUGUCGUAUGGCCGGUUUGUACUUACAAACAUUUCUCGAGUAUGAUGAGGGAUUUCUGUCCGAUGACACUACAUUAGCUGGAGCGUUAUGGCGUAAUCUUUAUAUGCAGCGAUCUGUAGAUCCAAUUCAUCUCAAUCGAGCAGUGUAUUAUGUGCGUGGAACGAUGACGUACUUGGACAGUCUCAGCUUGGAGAAGAUCCUUUUACAAGGUAUCAAGAAUUGGAAAACUGCACUUCCAAGUAAAGAAAUCAACGAUAAAAAUGCUUUUGAAGUAGCUGAGAAUGUAGCUUAUUCAUUAAUGAAGCAAAAAUAUAAGCAUGUCUAA